AUAGGCAUACUGUGAGCUGGAGGUAGUGAGGGAAACAUUGCAUUUCAUCCUGUGCUGCUUUGCUGCAUGCAUGGGACAGAUUGUCAUACCAGCCCAAAGGACACAGCUUAGGGGAGAUAAUGGUUCCUAUUGAGUUUAAGGACCUGAAGAGAGUUUAGGUGCCCAUGUUUGCACAAAAAGACAGACUCCAGCUUUAAAAAGGAGGCCUCCCUGAUUGCUUGUCCUUGCUUGUUCCUAAAUCAGGUCCAGCUUUUUAUAUUUACUACAUUUUGCUUCUCAGCAUGGGUUGCUCAUCAUCCAGUGCGCAGACUGUGGAACAGGAGAAAAGACCAGGCACAAAGCCUGAGGAGACCAAAGGAGAUACAGUGGCAGUCAAAAAUGGUAUCAUCACAGAAGAUGUCCAAACCAUUGCGGAUCAGAUGCAGCUGCCUGCGCAGACCCCCUUACCAGAUGAUCUCAUAUCCGGACCUGAAGACGGAACCGAGGCCGUCUUAAUGGCCAUGGAGGCCCAGGAGGAUCUCGGCUCUGGGGAAGAUCUCUUAGAAGCUCCGGACCCACAACCAGAACCAGCAUCUAGUGAGGAGCCGGCCCCACAGCCUGCAUCCUCUGCAGCUGUAGAAGAUUCUGCUGAGCCAGAAGUCGCUUCCCCAGUAGUUGAGGUCGAACACACAGAGGAGGAGACGCUGCCUGUAGAAUCUCUUCCAGCAGAAGCCCCUCUUGAAAUCAAAGCACCUGAAGCCACAGAGGAGACCCCUGAUGCUAAAUCUGUUGAAGCUGUGCAGACAGAGGUUCUGGUUUCAGCUGAGGAGGUUAGUGAUGCAGCAGUAGAGGAGCCAUCAGACACCCCCCAGGAUGUGGAAAAGGCUGAAGCUGAAGAAUCAUCCAAAAUACUGACAGAAGGUGUAGAACUUGUAAACGAUGAAGCCCCAAAUUUCAAUACUACAGCAGAGACUGCCUCAGAGGAUACAGGAACAGAAGAAGCUUCCACACCAACUCCAGUUUCAGCACUGGCUGAACCAUCAGGGCCUGCAGACACACCUGAGCCAUUGAUAGACACAGCCCUCGCUGCAGCCAGUAUUCCAGAGAUGACUCCAUUAACUCCCACUACAGCGCUUGCUCCAGCCGAGCAUAAUUCUGUCACUGAGGAGGAAACGCAGGUUGCUUCCUUAGCAGAGGUGCCGGGUCCUGCAGAGGUCACAGCGGCCCCCAAUCCAGCCCAGACCCCUGAAGCUCCACCAGAGACCGGAGUCACAGCAGAAGUUCCUGUGGUGAACCCCAUCACCACUAAAUCUGAAGCCGCUUCAGAUCCAGAACCUGCUGCUGAACCAGUUCCUGAACCUCCACCAGAGGAGACGUCUAUAACUGAGGCCUCUAAGGAAACAGAGGCUGAAAUAACCAAAAAGCAGGACUAAGAUGUUUUUUGUCUUUCACAGAUCAGAUUCACCAAAAAGAAAAAAAACAUCAAGGGGAGCUGUGAAGAAGCUGUGAAAACCUAACUCCCAUUUUUAUCUCAUCAACAUAAAAAUAAUAGCCUUAAUAAGUUUUCAUUCAGGAUGGAUCAGGGUUUCUUAUCAUUUUUUGCAUACAUGUAAACCUUUGCUGCAGAGAAAAAUAUUUUUUCUACUGGAAAGCACAAGUGCCUAAAGCCACACAUGUUGGCUUAUACACCAAAAAUGCAACAAGGACACUUUGAUGGCUAUAUGAGGCUGCAAUACUGUGAACUGUUGUUUAACAAGGGUAGUUACUCUGGGCUGGGGGUAUUUAAAACCUAUGAAGGGUGAAUCCAGUAAAUCCUUCAUUUUUCUGGAGAAAACAAGCCAAAUUUGACUGUGAAUAAAAUAAUGCGUAAUGAGGAAACCUAACGGGAGGGCCGGGUUAUCUUUGUCUCACCAAUAUCAGUGAUAAGGAUCAGGUGAAUCCUUUGUGUAAUCAGAUUUUACACAAAAAAGGAUCAGUUAUUCCUACUGCAGCAAAUGAUUUUAACAUUUUUCAUGCUAAGUUCAAAAUGUUGUUCUUUUUAGUUUAACGCAAAAAUAACAUUGUAAAAAAUUUACAUCCAUUUAUGGCUAUUUUUCUUAAAUUAAAUGAUUUUUUUUCUUUUCAUUUGAACAGGUAGAUCAAUUUGCCAAUGGAAUAAGAUAAUUUAUAUUUAAAUAAGACAAAAUAACUUCAAUAUCUUAUUUCAGGUGCACGAUAUCCAAUGAUCUUACUUGAAG